CUUCUCGGGAACCCGGCGCACAGCUGGGGUGCUUGUCGCGCCGGUAGCACCGUUUCCGCAGAGGGCUGUGUCUGGCUAUGAAUAGACCUUUUUUUCUCUCUUUCCUGGUUGCCUGAAUGGCAGUCUCCCUCCUGCGGUCCCGGAGGCUGACCCGAGCGUGAAACUCCAAAACGGACAUCAGAGUGGGGUCGUCCGUUCCUGCUCGGACUCAAGGCUCUCAGCGAGGCUCAAAGAGCCCGUGCCCUGCUGAGGCUGGCAUGCAGGAUGGCAGGACAGCCCAGCCACAUGCCCCAUGGAGGGAGCCCGAACAACCUCUGCCACACCCUGGGACCCGCGCACCCUCCUGACCCACAGAGACACCCCAGCACCCUGUCUUUUCGCUGCUCGCUGGCGGACUUCCAGAUCGAGAAGAAGAUAGGCCGAGGACAGUUCAGCGAGGUGUACAAAGCCACCUGCCUGCUGGACAGGAAGACGGUGGCUCUGAAGAAGGUGCAGAUCUUCGAGAUGAUGGACGCCAAGGCGAGGCAGGACUGCGUGAAGGAGAUCGGCCUCCUGAAGCAACUGAACCAUCCAAACAUCAUCAAGUACCUGGACUCGUUCAUCGAAGACAACGAGCUCAACAUCGUGCUGGAGCUGGCCGACGCGGGCGACCUCUCGCAGAUGAUCAAGUACUUUAAGAAGCAGAAGCGGCUCAUCCCCGAGAGGACGGUAUGGAAGUACUUCGUGCAGCUGUGCAGCGCCGUGGAGCACAUGCACUCGCGGCGCGUCAUGCACCGAGACAUCAAGCCUGCCAACGUGUUCAUCACGGCCACAGGCAUCGUGAAGCUUGGUGACCUCGGUCUGGGCCGCUUCUUCAGCUCUGAGACCACCGCGGCCCACUCCCUAGUUGGGACGCCAUACUACAUGUCGCCAGAGAGGAUCCAUGAGAACGGCUACAACUUCAAGUCCGACAUCUGGUCCCUGGGCUGUUUGCUGUACGAGAUGGCAGCUCUCCAGAGCCCCUUCUAUGGGGAUAAGAUGAACCUCUUCUCCCUCUGCCAGAAGAUCGAGCAGUGUGACUACCCGCCCCUCCCCGGAGAGCACUACUCGGAGAAGUUACGAGAACUGGUCAGCAUGUGCAUCUACCCCGACCCCGACCAGAGACCUGACAUUGGCUAUGUGCACCAGGUGGCCAAACAGAUGCACGUCUGGACAUCGAGCACCUGAGCACAGACACACCAGGCCUUACCAAAGCCAGCACCACUCUGCCUUGAGUCUUCUUCUCUCCAAAGUGGCCACCUGGUAGCCUAGAACAGCUAAGACAACAGGGUUCAGCAAGUUCCCCAAAAGGGGGCCCAGCUUUACAGCAGAUGCUGAAAGCAGAGCAGCUGGGGGGAGGGGCACUGAUGGUCAAAUUUAAAGUCCUUGCUUUAUAGUGUUGUGGACAAUCUCAGCUGGGUUCGCAAGGGUAGGUGGGUCAGCGAGCCACUGAAGCCCCCCUUGUAUCUGGAUUGUAAUGUGAAUCUUUAGGGUAAUUCUUCCAGUGACCUGUCAGGGUUUAUGCUAAUAGACUUGCAGGAGACUCUGAUUUGUGUAGUGAGCCUUUAAAAAUGGUUAGUACUAAGUUGAGUUUAGCUCUUAGUAUCUUUUCAAACAAUCAAGCUGUUGUGCUUAAUUUACUCUGUUGUAAAGGGAUAAAGUGGAAAU